UGGCCCGAAGGGAGAUCCCGAGAAACGGCCCUGCUCCUGGACAUCAUGAUCGUGGCUGGUUUGCAGAAGCUGGCCAAGCGGAAGGGCCCGUACGAUGUCACCCCUGGCUUGUUGGACUACCUGACCAUGGACACCUACGCGUUUCCAGCUGGGCACGCCAGCCGAGCGGCCAUGCUCUCCAAGUUCUUCCUCAACCACCUGGUCUUGGCCAUCCCUCUCCGCAUCCUGCUGGUCCUCUGGGCCCUCUGCGUGGGCUUUUCCCGCGUCAUGAUCGGACGGCACCACAUCACGGAUGUCCUGUCUGGCUUUGUUUUUGGCUACUUACAGUUCAGGCUGGUGGAGUUGAUAUGGAUGUCUUCCAACACGUGUCAGAUGUUGAUAUCCAUCUGGUGAACACGGGGGACCUGAUGCCUUUGCACUGGAAACUAGCUGAUACUUUAAGAGUCUCCCUCCUGGUAUUUUCUACAUGUUAUUUGUUGGAAGCAGUUGUAACUUCCAUGAGUAGUGGCGUUUUUUAAUGUUGCUUCCUCACCUGGGAAAAAAAAAAAAAAUAGUUUCUUGCACCGGAUUGGGUUUUAGCAAUCAAGGGCCGUGCCUGUGUUUUGGCCACAUUCUCAGCCUGUGUUUGGACUGCAACCUAAUUAAGCUUUAGGGGUGAGAGAAAGGAGCUACAUGUCUGCCUAGUUUGGGUGGUUCACAUGGGCACCUUGAUGUGUCCUCAGGAUGGGCAGCGCCUGAGAGCUUCCUGAGAACAUGUUCGUUAACUCUUUUGAGGCUAAAUGAUUUUGGCCACAGCGCUUUCUUCUUUUUGUAAGCCCAGCUGUCGUGUCUUGUACAGAGUCAGGACACUGCCGGCACUUCAGAGAUAAUAAAUAAUCCUAAAAAUCC